AGAUAUUCGUUCAGUUAGUUUGUGAUUGAGACAAAAAAUGUUUACGUAUUUAGUGUUUGUGACUUUGGUAGUUACAGUGGUUUAUGCUGAUUCAGUGUCCUUUAUCACCAAAUGCUAUGCGAAAGACGACGAAUGCAUAACGAACUCUACAAACGCAGCUAUACCAGUUUUCACUGCUGGUGUCCCCGAGUAUGGUGUGGAAACAUUGGACCCAGUAACCUUCGAGACCAUAGACUCGUCUGCCCCUAACCUCAAUUUGAUGUUGGACUCUAUAACCGUUNCGGCGCUCGGGCGAGUUAAUAAAAGAAGCUACGCAGUCGUCGGAGCGCCACUACGUUUUCGUAAUUCGAAGUGUAAACUUGAAUAG